AUGGACUGUGAUAGGAAACGCACCGCAUGGUCGCCUCCCGUUUGAUGAUUCCCACAACGCACUGCGAAGGAACAUGGCCGACUAUGUCGUCUAAACUAGAAUGAAUGUACUAUCUCUGAGCAAAACCGACUGACACUCCAUCAAAACAACCCAAAAUCCACGUCUAUUAAGUCAUUCUUACAGAUUAUGUCCGCGUGAUCGCGCUGUGAGGAGCCGACAAGUCCCUGCGUUUAUCUCCGCAGCACCUUCCUGUGACACACGACCAGAGCCAACAUGGCAGGAGUUGUAGCCAAGCGUGAGGGACCACAGUUCAUCAGCGAAGUGGCCGUGAGGGGUAACGCCGCCGUGCUGGACUACUGCCGCACCUCCGUAUCCGCUCUGUCCGGCGCGACAGCUGGCAUCCUGGGGCUGACAGGACUGUAUGGCUUCAUUUUUUAUUUCCUCUCGGCGUUUCUCCUCUCUCUGCUGCUCAUCCUCAAGGCUGGACGGCGGUGGAACAAAUGCUUUAAAUCCAGGCGGCUGCUCUUCACUGGAGGGCUCGUCGGAGGUCUAUUCACUUAUGUCCUGUUCUGGACUUUCCUCUAUGGAAUGGUGCAUGUGUACUAAAAAUGAUCCACCGCAAAUAACCUGAUUUAUCCCCAACUAAUGCUUAGUAAACCAAUAAUAUUGUCUGUCCUGCUGUUUGUAGAUAAGCCAUUAGUGAAAGACUUGAUUUUUCCAUUAUGAACUGUUGAUACAGUGGAGGAUGUGUCAAUAAUUGCCAUUUGCAGAAUAAACUGUCCUCCUAUCCCUCCUGCUUCACACUUAGCAGUGACUAUGAACUUGUUUAACCUGUAACUCACGGUUUUUUGCUCAGCAUCAUCAGUGCCAGGAUGAGAGCCACAGCUAUUAUGUCGGUUGUAGUGUAACAUAGAUCACAACAGAUUACAUCAUCACAAGGUGUAAGCCCUUGGCAUUACAUUUCAUGUACAAUACUAUUGUUAGAAUAAAAUAAAUGUGAUUACUGAUUGGAAUAAAUACCUCUGUACAA